AUGCCUGGCCAGGCCCCUCUUCUAAUUGUGUCGCUGCUGGUCUGCUGUUGCACAGCUUUCCUUCUUCCCUCCCUUCCUGCCUCAUCCCCCCCUGCCUUGCAGCUUCAGCAGCAUCCGCGAUCAAGCCAUAUCGUGCCAUUGGCUCGUAAAGGUGGUGGCGGUGGAGGAGACUCGGGGGGUGGGUACGCGGAACGACAGGAAUACGCCCCUCCCACGGACCCUCGCCUAGGUCCUCCUCCCGACCUUCCCUCCCUCCUCCUCCACAAUCGCAUCGUCUACCUGGGGAUGGCCCUGGUCCCCGCUGUCACGGAGCUCAUCAUCGCAGAGCUGCUAUACUUGAACUAUGAGAGCCAAGAUAGGCCCAUAUACAUGUACAUCAACAGCCCCGGGAUCUCCGCGCCGGACGGGCGCGCCAUGGGCUUUGACACGGAGGCCUUUGCGAUCGCAGACGUCAUGUCCUACAUCCGAGCGCCGAUUGCCACAGUUUGCGUGGGCCAAUGCUUCGGUUCGGCGGCCAUGCUCUUGGCCUGCGGGACGAAAGGCCAACGGUACUCGCUGCCCAAUGGAAGCAUCAUGUUGCACCAACCCCGGUCUCUGUCAAGGGGCCAGGCCUCGGACAUCGCGAUCAAGGCCCGCGAAGUCAUGCGCAACCGGCGCAUCAACAGCGAGAUGCUGGCCAAGGCAUGCGGGAAGCCGUUGGACGUGAUCAUCAAGGACGCAAGUCGCAAACGGUAUUUUUCGCCCGAAGAGGCGGUGGAAUACGGGCUUAUCGACCAGGUUUUGGAGAGCACCAAUGACUUGCCCAUGGGCCUGAUUCCCACCAAGAACGCCGAGCCUGAGAACGACUUGAACAUGGCAGACGUGCGCGGGUACAGCAACCCGGCGGGGUACGGGGACAGUGCGGAUGGAAAUUUGCCGACGACGCCGUUUUAG